UGUGUAACUUCUGUGGAGAAAAACUGGAAUCAUAAGUCAUACUUUAACAUAAAAGACUCAUGACUUCAUCUGGAUCCGACCGGCCCAAACCCUGAGAGGAAGACUGGACCAGAAGCCUGUUCACGGACGGGGCAGACAUUCAGCUCAGCGUUCAAACUGUGGGAUCUCUGGAAGCUCAGCAGGAUUUCUAUCAGCUUGUGUGUGUAUCUGUAGAAAGAAAUGUAAACUUACUUGGAAAUAUUCAUAUAGAAGAUGUGCAGACAGAGCCAAAAAAAAAAAAAAAAAACCCAAAAAGGUAAAAUAUGAUACGGUGGACUGUGCUGCUGUGUGUGUGUCUGAAUGUCAUCUCAGCAUCAUUCGACUACAUUUAUGAGGAGCACUCCUUCAUGGACCCAGAGGAUGUUCUGAGUGUGAGCAUUCCUCUGGAGGGACCACAGCGCCCUCUACUGGGAGAGACACUGGUACUACCGUGUUACUUUGAGGACCACACUGUCCCAGACCCAGGGGCUCCCACCAUCGCCCCUCUCUCUCAUCGCAUCAAAUGGAGCCUCGUCACAAAAGAAAAAGUCACGACCAUCCUCGUGGCCUUGGAAGGACAGGUGCGUAUCACCGAGAACUACCUGGACAGAGUUCAUCUGUUGGGCUACCCCAGAACCCCAACAGACACUAGCAUCAAGAUAUCUGAGCUACGAUCCAGUGACACAGGAGUGUAUCGCUGUGAGAUUCAGCACGGCAUCGAGGACGCCCACGACAUCGUCCAUGUGCAGGUUCAAGGUAUUGUGUUCCACUACCGAGCCAUCAUGGGUCGCUACAGUCUGACUUUUGAAAAAGCGAAGGCAGCAUGCAUCCAGAACAGUGCUGUCAUGGCUUCACCUGAACAGCUUCAAGCAGCCUACGAUGAUGGUUUCCACCAGUGUGACGCUGGCUGGCUCUCUGAUCAGACAGUCAGGUACCCAAUCCAUGAUCCUCGUGUGAACUGCUAUGGUGACAAAGAUGAACUGCCUGGGGUCAGGACAUACGGAGUGAGAGACCUCAACGAGACUUACGAUGUCUACUGCUUCGCUGAGAAGAUGACAGGAAGAGUUUUCUACACUGCUUCUGCAGAAAAGUUCAGCUUCUCUGAGGCGGUGUUGGCGUGCUCUAAACAGGGAGCUCAGCUGGCCACUACAGGUCAGCUCUACCUGGCCUGGCAGGGUGGGAUGGACGUCUGCAACGCCGGCUGGCUCAGAGACAAGAGCGUCCGAUACCCCAUCAACAUUCGUCGGCCGCAGUGUGGAGGGGGUCUACUGGGCGUGCGAACUGUUUACCUGCACACAAACCAGACAGGAUACCCAUAUCCUGAAUCCCGCUAUGAUUGCUUCUGCUACACUGACUCCCCUGAUGAGGAAGGCUCAGGCGUCAUAGAUGAGGGAAGCGGCGUGCUGAGCGUCACUACGGUAACACCGAGCCCAGAGGUGUUCUUCAGGAGGACGACCACAGAGAGUGAGGCUGUCGGAGAGGUGGAGACUCAGCAACCCACCAUCGUGGACUUCACCUACACAGUUAGCCCCACCGAGCUGCCGCUGCCUCAGCCGCCCAACGUCACUGAGAUCACCAUUGACCUGAUAAAGCCAGUCACCGCUCGGCCUGACGUGGGCAGGGAUCCCAGCAAAGGCUUCGUGAUGCCUCCAACUGGUGUGGUCUUCCAUUACCGCUCAGGCUCCGGUCGCUACGCAUUCACCUUCGUUGAGGCUCAGCUGGCCUGCCAGAGCGUUGGUGCCUCCAUCGCCAGGCCAGAGCAGCUGCAGGCGGCAUAUGAGGCUGGAUAUCACCAGUGUGAUGCAGGAUGGUUACUGGACCAGACUGUAAGGUAUCCCGUUGUUUUCCCUCGAGAUAAGUGUGCUGGAGAUCUAGGAGAUCAACCCGGAGUUCGGUCUUACGGCUUGAGGCCAGCAGAUGAGAGAUAUGAUGUGUACUGCUACGCUGAUGGGCUCAAAGGUGAGGUUUUCCAUGUGGGAUCCGCUGAGGGUUUCACCUACGACGAGGCUGCUUCCAGCUGUAAAGAGCAGAACGCAGUAUUGGCCUCCACCGGAGAGCUCUUCGCAGCCUGGAAAAUGGGUUUUGACAAGUGCCGUGCUGGGUGGUUAGUGGAUGGCAGCGUCCGUUAUUCCAUCAACAACCCCCGUGCUGGGUGUGGGGCAGGGAGAUCAGGAGUGCACACUGUGUACGCUCACCCGAACCAGACAGGCUACCCUGAAGUGAAUGCCAGAUUUGAUGCAUACUGUUUCAGAGCGGACUUUCUGCUUAUUGCAAAUGAAACUGGACUGAACAUCACAGAUAUCCAGGAGGCCCUCAUAAACCUGACUUCAAUUACUGAUUUGUUGAGGCCUGCUGUUCCCUCUAUUGCCCCUCCCAUCCCUGUGGAGACAUCCGGCUCUGGUUCAGGCUCAGCAGACUUUGGUUCAGGUUCAGGGUCUGUGGUUGAUAGUGCCUCUGGAACUCACCCUGGAGACUUCUCUGGCUCUGGAGACUUCUCUGGUUCAGGAGACCAGGUUACCUCUGGAGACUUCUCUGGCUCUGGAGACUUCUCUGGUUCAGGAGACCAGGUUACCUCUGGAGACUUUUCUGGCUCUGGAGGCCUCUCUGGUUCAGGAGACCAGGUUACCUCUGGGGACCUGUCUGGCUCUGGAGAUCUCUCUGGCUCUGGGGACCACGUUGUGUCUGGAGACCUAUAUGGCUCUGGAGACCUCUCCGGUUCUGGAGACCUGGCUGGUAGUGCAAGUGCUGAUCAGCCUAGUGGAGAAUCAGGUUUUAGCAGUGCAGAUGCUUCUGGAUCUGGUCUUAGUGGCGAAGGAUCCGGCCUCACCAUUCUUUUUUCAGGCAUCGAUAGUGUUAUCUCUGGAGAGGACUCGGUUUCAGGAGGACUCCAAGAAGCUGGAGAGGGGAGCACAGGGAUCUUUAUCUUCCCUUCAUCUGAAGCAGGGUCUGGAGUGCUCAGUGGUAGCGGGGACCUGUCUGGAUCUGGCUCUGGAUCUGAGUUCAGCUCUGCGGAAAGUGGCUCUUCCACUUACAGCUCCGAGGAAAGUGGACAAUUCUCUGGCAUGCCAUCAGGUUUCACCACCAGCCAGGACAUUUCUGGGUUCAGUGGUUUCCCAUCAGGAUUCUCCUCUGGGAGUGCUAGUGGACAGUCAGGAGAGCUUUCAGGAAGUGGAGAAACUCAGAUCCUACUGAUAGAUGACGAACUGAUUGAUGCGUCGACUCCUGUUACCCACAAGGAGUAUGAACUUGGCGGAGGCCUGCUUGUGUUCAGUGGCUCUGGAGACAUUUCAGGAUCUGGGAUUCUCAGUGGCGAUCUCAGUGGCUCAGCUUCAGGAAGUGACUCAGGGUUCUUCUCAGGCGUGACCUUUGUGGGGUCAGGGUUCACUGAGCUCACAGUAUCAUCCUCUGGAGAGCAGGAGGCCUCUGGGGUUUUACUCUAUAGCUCUGGACAGGGAAGUGGUGGACAUUUGUCUGGAUUUGGAAGCUCAAGUUUCAUCUCUGGGUCUGGAUCGGGUAUGUCUGGAUCAGGACUGUCUGGAUCUGGGUUUUCUACAAGCGGAGAAGAAGACAGUGUUACAUUCUUGACGGGGGAUUUCAUGACAGAGGUAUCCAGAGACACUACACUGUCUAUGGAGCUGGGACAGGGGUCAGUGGAGUACAGUGGAGAGGGAAGCAGCAGCAGUGGAGACUACUCGUCCACAGCCAGCGGCCUUUCUUCAGGAGCUUCCUCUGGACAUCCGCCACAGGUGGUGCUGCCUUCUCCGUCCACUGAAUGGGAAGUUAGAGAGACCACGAUAGGACCAGAGGAGACCCUUAAUGGGACUGAGCCAUCACAGGCCCCUGAUGAUGUCUAUGAGACCCAAGGCCCUGCACUCGCCCCUGCAGGACUGGCUGCUCCUCCCCCCGCAGUCACACCAGCCUCUGUGCAGACACAAGGCACUGUGGGAAAAACUGAGUGGGUAGAAGGUGCUUUUAAUCCAUGUGAUCCAAACCCCUGCGGUGCUGCUUCAUGCACAGUAGAGGACGGGGUUGCUCUCUGCCACGAUGAGCAGCAGUGUGAAGACGGUUGGACUAAGUUUCAGGGGAACUGCUACCUGCACUUCUCCGACAGAGAGACGUGGCUGGACGCAGAGAGUCGCUGCCGGGACCUGAACGCCCACCUGGUCAGCAUCAUCACCCCAGAGGAGCAAGACUUUGUCAAUUCAAACGCACAGGACUACCAGUGGAUUGGACUGAAUGACAAGACGGUGGAAAACGACUUCCGCUGGACCGACGGCACUCCACUGCAAUUCGAGAACUGGAGGCCAAACCAACCAGAUAAUUACUUCAACUCAGGAGAAGACUGUGUGGUGAUGAUCUGGCAUGAGAACGGCCAGUGGAACGACGUGCCCUGCAACUACCACCUGCCAUUCACCUGCAAGAAAGGCCCAGUAUCUUGUGGCGACCCGCCGCAGGUUGAGAACGCUCGCAUGUUUGGUAACCGGAGGGAGGAGUACCCUGUCAACUCCAUCAUCCGGUAUCAGUGCAACCCAGGAUUUACACAGCGCCACCCACCGGUGGUUCGCUGUAAAGCAGACGGACAGUGGGAGAAACCCCAGGUGGAAUGUACUGACGUGAAAGCCAGAAAACGAAUACAGCGGAGGGGCAGCAGGAGUCCAGCAGCCAGUAGCAAUCUUUACUGAGGAGGAAAAAGAAGAAUUUAUUAUUUUCAAAGAACAUUUACAGCACAAGAAAAUCCAUUUUCCAUUUUAGUGAAGAUGAUUCAGAAGGGUUAAAUUGAGCUGGAAGGCUCACACUAAAAUUGCUACAUCAUGGUAAUGUGAUUUUUGCUCUAUCCCCCGUCCCUGAUAAUAUAUUUUAAUUAGAUAAACUAAUUUUAUUGCUCUGAGUUUAUUUUCAUCGUGUGUAUUGUAAUAUAAUUUUGAUUGGUGAAAUCAUUGCUGGGAGCCUGGAUGUUGGCACGUUAGGAUUUGAUGGAGAACUGGUUUAAGAUGUGAGGUGUUUGUUUACUCAUAUAGCAUAGCUCAUUGAAAUUUCUCUCAUUUCCUUGGGCAGAGUUAAAGGGAAAUAUUGUUUUUUUUUUUAAAGUUCACGUCAAUCAUCCGAGUUCCCCUAUGGUCUCUGUCCUUCCUGCUGUUUUCUACUCUCAGUCAGUGUAGCUGAAGAUAUCAGGGCUCAUUUUUCUCCCUUUAAAGAAGCAGCCCGCUGCCACUUGAUCCUGUGAUACAGCACGAAAAACAAAGAGUGAGGAAAUCCAACACAGGAAAUGUGGUUAAACUUUCUGUUUUAAAGCUGCUCAGAGGUGAAAGUGUGAGCACAUUAGGGAGCUGUUACAGAUAUUAACACAGUAAGAUAAAUAUCCUAGUAUCAGUGGUUGAGUUUUUCCAGUAGGAACACAUCGUGGAACAGGGACUGUGGCUCUAUGCAAAGCUGUAUUUACACUGAGCCAGUUGAGCAUCUGGAUUUAGAUUUGGUUAAACGGUUAAAUUGGAUCUGCUUUCAGUGGCAUGAGUCAUCCAGGGUAUAAACGGUGUCAACUCACAAACCAUAGGGUUGGUUUAUAGUCUCUUAGAACACAUUCAUGGUGUAGCACUCAUUUGUUCACACAGACAGAAAGAGUUGUGUAACACAUGAAAACAGAGCUUUAGAGGUAUAAUGCCCGGCUGACACAGCUGACCAAUCACAAUGUGAAGUUGGUGUGAAUGUCUGAUCAUAGGUUUUGAAAAGUUAUGGAAAUAUUCAGACACAGACGCCUCUGAUCCAGCGUCAGAGAGGAGUGGGUGGGGGGGCAUUUUAGAAGCUCUCCAAGCAUCCAACAGGCAGCUCGGAAGGAGAGUGAAGCCAUUUACAGUCCAAGUUUAUUGAUUUUGGGCAUAUUUAAUAUCUGGAAUGGAUGUUUCAUCAACACAUAAGGCCUGCAGGCUUACUGAAAAAUAAGAACGGUAAACGAGCUACAACUCUAAAUUUAACCUGCCACAGGGAAUAGUUUGGGGAAAUUAAUUAUACUGAUGCACCUUCUAACCAAAAGAUAGAUGAGAGGAUUUGAACCCCUCACAUGUCUGUUCCACAGCCUGGAGGCGAUUAGCUUAGCAUAAGGACUCUGCCUACCAAUACUUCUGAAGGCCAAUAAUUAACAUGUUGUAUGUCAUCUGGACAAGUCUCCAGGAAGUUACUGUGUCCGUCCAAGAAAUAGUUACAGCACGUAACCUCAUGUAAGAACCACAACUUGUUGUUUUGUUUUUUGUACCAGUUAAACAAACUACAAAUAAUGUGUUAAGCAGUGAGCUGUAGCAGCGCCGGUAGGCAGAUUUAUUUAUAUAUAUAUAUAUAUUUUUUAACCUUCAGUCAGAGCCAGGGUAGCUGUUUCAGUCCUGCUUCCAUUCUUUAUGCUAAGCUAACUGGCUGCUUCAUAUUUAAUGGACAGACACGAGACUGGUAAUGAUCUUCUCAUCUAACUCUCAGCAUGAAUGUUUCCCAAAAUAUCAAACUAUUCCUUUAAGCACCAGGAAAGCCCUAAUAUAUGUGUAAUUCCCUGUACUGUAUGUCCAAUGUGCAUUUUAAAUACUAAUAUAUAUUAUGCAUUUUUAGGCCUGUUGGCUGUCACUGAAUGAUUUCACACCUUGAACGUGGUGUUGUUGUUUUUUGGACACAUGAGAGGAAGCAGGAAAAAAACGUUACUGAUUGGUAAUAUUUAAACUACACAAAACAAAAAAAGCAAACAAACUGUAAAGUCUGCAACAUUAUCUUGUAAUAAUGGUGAUUUACAGCAGAGACUUUUGUCAGCGUGAACACUCGACCUUUUAUUUAUUGAUUCCACACGGCGAUUCUCUGCUGGAGCCAGUAACUGUUACAUAAGAGAGGGUCUACACUGUUAAAUGAGACUACAGCAGAAUCAGUGACACACACACACACACACACACACACACACACACACACACACACGCACACGCACAGAGGGUGAAUAAAGGUGUACUAGCUCCACAUUUCAUGUUUAAUCUGUAGAGAAUUUACUGCUUGUGAACCCACAGUUUGUCAUGUUCGGCUGGUUUGAGUGGUUUGUUUUCAGUGUGUUUAGUCACGUUCACCUUCCACGAGGCUGUGCAGUGCACAGUGUCUGCGUGGAGAAAGCGUCAGUACAAUGAACCUUUUCUGUUUCAUUUUUGUAACCUCAGAGGAAACAACCUCACUGUAAACACGACAGCGUGAACUGCCUGUAUUUUUUUUUCCAAACUUUGACUGCUUUCAUUUGUGCACUUGUUUUGUGUCAUUGUUGCUGUAUGUGGGGGGCUGUGCCUCCUCCAAGCAUACGCUCACCUGCUGAAUGAUAAACCAAAGAGUAAGAAUUCAGUGUCCAAGCGAUACAUGCGUCCGCUGUAGCCCCUUUUUAUUCUCUAAUUUAAAGCAUUAAGGCUGGUGACAUUUCUCUGGUUAAUCUCAUGAAAAGACUAAAACCAAAUGUCGUGUGUAUUUCAAAGCUCUGCUGAAACACAGAGUACCAAACAUGUAUCAAUCCGCAGCUGAAAACAGUACGCAGCAAAUUCACUAUUUGCUCUGAGUCAAAUUUGAUUAAAAAAAAACUACAGAGGUCAACUGUUUUUACCUGAACCUUUUCAAUAAAUAAACUAUAUAUUGUUAAAGAUUUACAUACAGGAAAGAAAUGGAAGGAUGGACAUGAACACACUGCUGGUUUAGGUCUUUUCAUGGGAUUUCUUGACACUAAGAAAGACUCAAGUCCAAUUCUUUAAAUGCACAAACAAACAAACAAACAUUGAUUUGAAAUUCACAGACAAAGCAGUGGUGUAUGAAUUCAGACAUAAAACAAUGGUUCUUUGAACGGGGCAUAUAAAAGCAAGGAAGUGAUAUAACAAACAGAAAUAACCUACAAAAAAACAACAAACAUAUUUACCUCAUCCUUGAAUGACACAGUCAUUUGAUUUUGUCUUGUUUAAUGUUUUAUGGCACUAAAACGUUGCAGAAUGAACCCACAUGUGUCUGAAAGCUUGUACUCUGAAAACAUCAGUCAAUGCCAAAUAAAAACACUU